UAGAAUCUUAAAAUUGACAAUGUGUAGACCAUUUGUGUCAGAGUUUGUUGUUACUUUAAAAAAGACGAAAUAUCUUAUCUAAUUUAAGCAAAAAAGACUACAGAUAACUCUCUUACAUCAACGGCAUAAACAAAUUAUAUCGCAUCAAAAUCGUUAUAUGUAUUUGGCGGCUUCGAUAUUGAAAAAUUUGAAAACUCAUGGUGAAACUGUAACUACCGGCCAUUACACCGUCACUACUUGCUGAUCAAAAUGCGAUGUUUUGUACCUAAUUGUGAAAAUACCCAAGGAGUGCCGUUCCCCGAAGAUCAGGAACUAAAGAAUAUUUGGCUAAAAAGUCUACAUAUCGAAGACGUUUUACCAGACGAUGGCAGUUUUGUUUGUUUGGAUCAUUUUGAGAAAGAUGAUAUUGAGGAUAUAGUUAAUGAAGAGAAUUUCCUUGAACGAAGAGUUCUGCCUACAGCAAUUCCCAAGUUGUCUAUUGAAAGUGCUGGAGGUGGUGGUGAAUCCUUUCAAUUGAGUAAUCAAAGUCUAGACUCCCCUCAGAAUGACUCAGAAUCAUCAAAUUUUUACAUACCUAUCAAUGAAGAAAGCUCUACACAAUCAGGAGAUAUUACUGAAGUACAACAAAAUUCACCUAAUGGUGAUCAGGAUCUCCAAAUAUCGAAUCAGGAUAGUAAUUUGAAUCCUGAAAAUGAGGAAGUUGAACAAAAUGAAAUUGUGGGCUCAGUGCAAAAUCAGGAAGAUAUGACUACAGUACCAGAAGGUGAAAACUUAAUAGAUGCAUCUCAGGAAAUAAAUACAAGUGAUAUUCUACCCGAUGGAUCUGAAUCCAUAGCUGAAGAUGUUGGAGCAGAUAAACAAACUCCAUUGGCAGGUUUCGAGGAAUAUCAAGAACGGCUCUUAGAACAAGAGUAUAUGGAAAAGGAUGAUGCUGAAAAAAGAGAUAUCAAACAUGAAGAAGUUUCACAAAGCGGUGAUCAGUUUUUAACAGUUGAGAGUGAAUUGCAUCAGUCUGCUGACUCUAAAGAUCAAGAAUAUGUAACAGAAGAUGGAGAAUCCGUUCAGAUAUACUCGCAAGGAGAGGCCCCUGUAUUGACAUCUGCGAAUGAGCAAAUGUUUGUCGCAGAAGGUCAAACUAUAUUCACCACCGCAGGACAACAUGUUUACGUAACAGAAGGCCAAACGAUACUGACGUCUGAAGGACAACAGGUAUUUGUAACAGAGGGUCAAACGGUUUUCACGACGAAUGGACAGCAAGUUUUUGUAUCUGACGGUCAGGCUCUGAUCGCACAAGGGGGUCAAACUUUGAUAACUGAGGAUGGGCAACGAGUAUUCUUGGGGGAAGACGAGCAGUCACUCAACGAACAUGAAAAUUUUAUAACCUCUAACGAUAAUUUUCAGAAUGCUUCUGAAGUAGAGUCUGCGUUAGUGCAAGGUGCUGAAGGGGAGAUACGCAACGAAGAAGCGCAAGUUGCUCAGACUGCGGAGAGUAAUGAGGAUGAUCUGGAAUUACUGAAGCAACAUGUUAGAGGAGAGGUUAAAGAUCAAACGGCAGAUGUCCCGAAAGGGAAUUUUAUGGGCACAAGACAACUCGUGAUAAACGAGCAGCUUAUAUCCGAUGAUUACGACGCUACCAUGGAUCAAAACGAGAGUAUGGAAAGUGAGAAUUUAACCCAAAAUCAGGAAGGUGUGCAUCCCGCAGCCACCCUGGUCGUUAAGAAAGAGGUGGAUCUUGAUACUCCUCGAAACAUAGUAAUGGAGUGGUUCGUUCCGACUACCACCAACGAAUCAUCCCAACCCGUCACCAAUUUCACCGGGAUACUGAGCCAAACUGGUAACAAACAGCAAACGCAACCUGCUUCCCAACAUCGCAUACCGUCAGGUGUGCCACAGCGAACACCCCAACGGUUUCCCUUGAAAAGGAAUCCGGAUAAUUAUGCCGCAAGCACGUCCAGGAAACCUACGGAAGGGGAUAUUUUAUCAGAAGAUACUUGCAGACUUUGCGGAUUGGUCGAAUCUAAAUAUAUCAACAUAUUGGAUAACAUCAAGAACAAUGUCAUGAUCCUGGAGGCCAUUCAGCUGUGCAUACACCCUCUCGAGGUCAGCCUCGAAGAUCCAUUCUCCAAAAAGAUUUGCAUCGGCUGCUUCAACAGCCUCCAGAAAUAUUACGAGUUCCGACAGAAAUGCCUGGAGAUGAACAUCGAACAGAGGAGGCAGUACGAGAAGGCUCACCCGAAUUACAAAUUCUCCGAUAAGACGAACCCCUUCUAUCAGUACAUCACCGAUUGUCUGCCGAAGAGGACGCACACGAAAACCAUCAUAACUCCCUCCAAAACGGGCUACAAACAGACCGAAGUACUGACUGUUACCAAGGGGAAGGGUAACGGCGCGAAGAAUAUCACUCGUAAAAUCAUCCUGACACCCACUAAUUAUAAAAAGGACGAGGGCAAGCACGUAAAGAAAGAACCGGACGGUAACGUCAGGAAAGUGAUCUCGAGAACGAAUAAAUUCGAUAACAUCCAGGUGUUCAAGACUGGGGCUUCCUCCAACCACACCGGCUCCAAGAUCCUGUCGAAAACCUCCAGUCCGAAGGCUGCCAUACCCAUUUUAAGCCCCAAAAAAUUCGGCGUCAGCCAGAUAGAGGCGCUGGCCAGAAAACCCUUAUCCCCGGAGAAGCAGUUGAAGAUUCAGGAGGAAUUGAAGAAGGUUAUAGAGGGAAAAAUGUCUAAGGACGAACUGUCGAUGGAUCAGGUCAUCGUGAGGGUUGUCAGUGACGAUGAGUCGGACGAUGGGAAGGAUUAUUUACCGCAUAAACGCAGGAGGGUCAGCUUGGUGAACACUUCGGUGACAAGGACGGGACACAGCAAAAUGAGGAUCGGAAAAAGCGAGGUGGUUAUACCGAAGGGCAUCAGAGUCACAAUUCCGGAUAGGUUCGAGUCGAGUAAAGGCGUGUUUCCUUGCUUCAAAAAAUUGGGGGCUUUCGACACUGAGUUCUCCCUGAUCGAUGGUUACUUGUUCGAACAUAGACUGUGCAAAGGGAAGGAAAGAUAUUUGAAGUGUCUCUCGACAAGUUGUCCCUCGAAAGCCACCCAAAAGUUGAUAUCUAACGAGAUAUUCGAAAACAGAGCAGCUGUCACGGUAGCUCACAAUCAUCACCCUUUGACAAGUACGGAAAUAAAAAAACAGAUGUUUUACUACAUAAUGAAGAAGAAGAUGCAAGCUGAUAGGGGGAUGAACUUCAGGAAUAUUUACGACCAAAUUUGUCAAAAGGAUCCUGAAAUAGCAGUUUUGGUGCCGUUGAGAAGUCUAAUAAACGAAAUCUGCAAACAUCAACUGACCCAAAAAGUGCCCCCUGUCAAUUCCUUCGACGAUUUCUAUAACAUCAUAGAGGAUGAUGCGUUGCAAAAAUUUCAGUUCACCUUUUCGGGUAAACAAUUUUACCAGGAAAGAUUCACAGUCGAGGAGGAAGGUACUAAAGCGGUUGUGUUUGCCAACGUUGACACCAUAAAGAAAGUAUCCAACAGCAAGCUGAUGUACGUGGAUGCCAGUUUCCGCAUAGAUACUUGCGAAAAUUUCAAUUAUCAACUUGUAACGGUCCUGGUAUGGAUUGACGACAGUUAUUACCCUAUAAUGUUCGCGCUUGUGAGCAACAGGACCAUGGAAAUCUUCAAGAAGAUAUUCGGGUACCUGCACGAUACUCUGGCCCCUAACCUAUGUCCGGAAGAAAUUGUGACAGAUUACGAGGCGAACAUCUAUUAUGCCCUGGGAGAGACUUACCUGGAUUCGCACAUCGGGGGUUCAGUCUUUUAUUACACUCAGAAUUUGUACAAGAAGAUAUGCGAGUUGGGUUUGUCCAAGGAGCUCGAGACGACCUCCUAUUUCAGGAACAUCUAUCAUAUGUUGUUGAUGUUGCCCUUGCUACCGGUCAACACCAUCAUGGACGGUCUUCACAACAUCGAAAUCCAAGCAAACGAUUUGGGAAUUGGUACUACAGUGGCAGGACUCAUCGAGCACAUUCAGGAGCAGUGGAUGGACAAGGUGACGCCCGAUCUGUUUUGCGUGCAUAGGCUGGAGAAUCGCAUAAACGAAAAUGUUAUAGCUCCGUUCAAGAAACUGCGGGACUUUCUGAUGCUCAACAAGGGAAAGGCUCAGCGUCAGUCGUUGACUCUGGUGAACGUCGUGGAGAAACUAAUCGAGUUGGAGAACUUCCUGCAAACUACGUAUUCGUCGGAGAACAAGAAGUCGUUCGGACGUGAUCUCAGCAGUUCGCAGAAGAAGAAUGUGUUGAAGGCGUGGCAUUACAUUGAAUCGCAUCCUAAGAUCAACAUUAACCACUUCUUCACAAAGGUCAUUGGUUACAUCAAGUGUAUGGAGAACCAAUUGUGGAUUUGGGGUUAUUACAAGUUCUCAGGGAAGGUGACAGAUGAUUUGAUCAAUGCCGCGAAUUUUUCCAUUGUCAAUACGAACGAAACGGAAAUGAUGGUUGCUGAGGAUCAGGAGGCUGUCCUUGCGGUUGAGUCGAAUUCGGGGUUCGCUGAGGGUUCGGAUAAUACGCUGGUGAUGGAAGCUAUGGUUGGUCCUUCGGGAGAGUUUGUUUUGUCCAAUAGCGAUACGAAUCAGGAAUCGGACAGUUCAUUAUUUAAAUAUGUUUACAAAAGUGAAACUUGAUUAGGAUUUGUUGUGUAUUGUUAAGAGUUUAUAUCUUCUGUAUUUAUUUCGAUACCUUGAAUUGAAUAAAGACAUAUUUUCCAAUA